UUCCCACCCCAGCCCGCAAGGUGGCUGUACCUACACUAGUUGCCAACGGUUGCCAACUGCUAGUAACGGAAGAAGAAGAGGAAAAACUUUGAGGCAACAACAACUUGGAUUUCACGGCAGCUGGGUAGACACGGUGGGUUCCUCCUCCCCAAAUCCUGAAUUUGCGUCAGAUUUGGUGAAAACACUGAGGAUUAUAUAACGAGUGAACGAGUGUAGCAGAUAAAACGCCCACCAGGCCCUGAGCUGUGCUGCCGCUGCUGUGAAGCUGCAUACCCACAGAAACCGCAGAGAUGUCCGCUUGUGAGUUUGAAUCCCUGGAGAAGUCUCUGGAGUCUCACCUGCCAGAGGCCGAGCUGUCAGAGGUGAAACGCAUCUUAUUCGGGAAGGACACAAGGAAGUUGGACCUCCCUGCGUGUGCUGUGGACGCUGCCUCCGAGCGUGACUUUGAGUUGAAGGGUUACAGGUUUGAAGCUGCACAGGAACAACUGAGGCCACCCAGAAGGAUCCGCGUGGGACUCAUUCAGCACCACAUAGUUCUUCCCACUGAUGCCCCCAUCCUGGACCAGAUCAAUGCCAUGCAUAGCCGGAUUGGUGAAAUAGUUGAAGUGGCAGCCAUGUGUGGUGUAAACAUUGUCUGCUUUCAGGAGACCUGGACCAUGCCCUUUGCUUUCUGCACCCGCGAGAAAGAACCAUGGACAGAGUUUGCAGAGUCUGCUGAGGCAGGAAACACCACGCGCUUCUGCCAAGAGCUGGCCAAAAAAUACAACAUGGUAGUUGUUUCUCCAAUUCUGGAGCGAGAGGAGCUGCACAGCACUCUGUGGAACACAGCAGUGGUGAUCUCCAACUCUGGAAAUGUGCUGGGAAAGAGCAGGAAGAACCAUAUUCCCAGGAUUGGGGACUUUAAUGAGUCUACAUAUUAUAUGGAGGGCAACACUGGCCACACAGUGUUCCAGACACAGUUUGGGAACAUAGCUGUGAAUAUCUGCUACGGGCGCCAUCACCCCCUUAACUGGUUCAUGUACAGCAUGAAUGGAGCUGAGAUUAUCUUCAACCCCUCAGCUACUGUGGGAGCUCUCAGUGAGCCCAUGUGGUCUAUAGAGGCCAGGAAUGCAGCAAUAGCGAACCACUGUUUCACUUGCGCAAUCAACCGUGUUGGGACGGAACAUUUCAAAAGUGAGUUCACAUCUGGUGAUGGAAAAAAAGCUCACCAUGACUUUGGACAUUUCUAUGGAUCCAGUUAUGUGGCUGCUCCUGAUGGCAGCCGCACCCCGGGGCUCUCCAGGACCCGUGAUGGACUGCUGGUGGUAGAAAUGGAUCUCAACCUGAACAGACAAAUCAGUGACAAAUGGAGUUUUAAGAUGACUGGGAGAUAUCCUGAGUACGCAGAGGAACUUACCAAGGCUGUCAGACAUGACUUCAAACCCAAUAUAGUGAAGGAGUAGAUAAUAUUCCACUAUAGUUGAUUAAAGUAUGUAGCAAACAAAGUGCAGUUCUUUUCUUUUGACUGUCUGUGUUAAUAUUUGUGCUCACGUCAGACUGAUGGCAUUUUUCCGUUGGUUUCAUCACUUUGUCCCAGAAAACAAAAUUCAAAGUCAAACCAGUGCUCUUUAUACAUGGAUGACUAACUUUUCCUCAUUUCGUUUGACACAAACCUGGAUUUUCCAGAAGCUGACAUAAAGAUCCAAUGUGUAGGAUUUAGUGGUAUCUAGUGGUGAGGUUGCAGAACUGAAACUUUUCCUGUGUGCUGAGUGUGCAGUAGGACUAUGGUGGCCAAUGCAAAAAUGUCAAUGGCCCCAUCUAGAGCAGUGUCUUAUUUGUCUGUUCUGGGCUACUGUAGAACAACAGUGACCUGCUGCGUAUGUAGAUAUAAUCUAAGGUGAAGAAUACACCUGGCAAUAGGUGUGAAGAGCUAGCCUGUAGGAUACACACACUAACAUGCACACACAUCUGGACCGGCUUACUACAAUGAACCCCAGAGAAGCUUGAUUACAACACACACAGGGGUAGCAUGACUUGUUUGUUUCUUCCUUGUGAAUUGUUGUUUCCUGCUAUAUUAAUGCUCUGAGUGUCACAUACUGUACAGCUCUUUAAAAUCCAAAACUGUUUGAGUAAAGGUUCAUUAACAUUUUAACAAGUUGUUUCUAGCUCAAAGACCUUGGUGACCUCACAAUACAAACAUAUGUUGGGAUACUAUGAGCGCACAAGACAAAAAUAUCAUUGUUUUCAUACCAGUUAGAACAACUUCAUUAUUACCUUUUUGAUGUCAAAAAGUUUAAUAAAUUCAAAAGUCCUUGCCAAAGAAAAAUGACUCUGU